CGACCGGCCGCUCGUCAACAAAUUGGUAGAUAUAUUGCGAGCAAGAGGAAGUGUGUGGAGUGCCCGUUCGUAGGUUAAAAAGUAUUAAUUGACUUAGUGUUUGAAGAUCAUGUUAAUAGUGAAGUAGGAAAUUGCAUGUUAUAUUGGUUUGCAGAAAUAUGGCUGAUGUUGGGAAAAGCAAUAUUGGAACUCACUUUAAUAGUAUGAAUGGUGACGGCAGUGCUAUUGAUCCUAACGUUGCCGCUUUAAUAUCCGACUAUCUGCAGUACAAGCUCGGCCAGUGUGGUUAUCAAUGGACGAGUCCUUUGACAGCCUAUGGAGCCGGUAACACUCUGCCCCCUAAAGUGGGAACUUCUUUGCGUGCUUUAUCGGAAGAGUUCACUUCUCAAUUCAAAGAACAGUUCGUAGAAAUGUGCGAGAAAUUGAGCAUCAAUGCUGAAAAUAUGAAAGGAACUCUUGACGGUGUGGCAAAUGAACUUUUUUCUGAGGGUAUUAAAUGGGCACGUAUUGUGGCCCUCUUUGUCUUCGGAAGUGAACUGGCAAUUCACUGUAAAAACAGAAACUGUCUUGAUUUAAUUAAUAUAAUAGCUUAUUCAUUAGCGACUUAUAUAACGGAAAAGCUUUUACCAUGGAUUAACGAUCACGGAGGCUGGGAAGGUCUUGUCCACUUCAACGAUGGAGGGGGUAUCGACAGUGGACCUGAUAGAGAUAAGUGGCCAUCUCUGAGGAACAUCAUCUGCUUAGGAGUCAGUGCUUUGGGUGCCAUAACACUGGGUGCUGUCCUUGCCAAGUCAUAAAAAUAGCCUUUAGCAUAUGCCCAGAACCAAUUUUAGAGCUACAACCCACCCGAAAUUGCUUGUGCAGUUAUUUUCUGUGGGUUGUAGCUCUAAAACUGGUUCUGGGCAAAUGCAAAGAAUUAAUAUUUUUCCUGCCUUGGUGUGGAGCGGACAUUGAUUCCCGUUUGGAGGACUUCAUUCAGCCAAUUGGACCCCAUCAACUCCUCCUAGUGAGACAAGAAUCUAUCUCCACUCAAGGAAAAGGAGUGGAUGAAGUGAAUCUCAAAUUUCAUGAUGUCCGAAUUGAUACCACAUAAACAUACCUCAUCUUUUGGAAUUUCUUUUGUGAUUUUCGUCAGAGUGGAAACCUUUUCGUGUGCUGUGUGAAUAAUGUGUGUUCAAUGGGAAGCUAGCUAACUAUACGUAAACUUCUCUUCAGAUUACUAGUGAAGAGCACUUCUGUUAAACCUUUGUGAAGUUCUUGCUGACUACCAGUGCUUUGCUUGAAGGCAGUGAACGUCAGUGCUAGCCCGGCUCUUUAUGUUCAUUUGUGAUUGAAGACUUAACUUGUCCUUCAUGGGAUAAAUAAUUUCUUUGAUUUUAAUUAAUUGCAUAUACAAUUAUAAUGAAUUUAAAUGAUUUUGUGAUUUUAUCAAAAUAGCAUUUCAUUUCAUCAAUGAUAUGUUGGCAUGCAGUAUUAUGGGCAGUAUAUAUAUUAUAUAUGAUGUAUGUAUCUGCUGGUACAAAAGUUAUGUACAUGUAACAGAUUGGUAUAGCUUGUGAUUGUCAAUUGAAUCAAAAUCGUAUUCAUGUGCGAGUAUCGAUAUGUUUUUAUGUUUUUAAACAAGUGUCAAGAAGUGUGCAAUCUAGUUAAACAAUGCAAUCUUGUGUUCUUUGUUUUGGGAUAUGUUUCAUUAGUCAUGUAAAAAGUGGUUCCUGAAAUUUGCAAAAUUUCUUAUCAAAUGAAUAUGAUCUUUAAAAUACGUCUGUGGAUUGGAUGUGAAUAUACAAAAUUUCCUACAUUUUGUGAUGAGAUCUACUCCCAUGUUGUGUUUCCAUUUCCUACUACUGCAAGUUUGUUUCCUUUAAAUAUACAUAUUCUGUACAUAUUUUUAAAAAAUGAAAUGCAGAUAAUGCCAUGCUUCAAUGACUAACUGUAUUUUUGUCCUUGCUGUUUCAGUUUUUUCCGAGCAGCUUGGUUAAAUUUUAUGCAGAUAUGUAGUUCCUACUUAUGUAGCAAUGGGAGUUAUUAACUUUAAAGAAUUCAAAAAAUAUCUAAGAAGUUUUUUGAGCAUUUGUAAUUGAUAUGGAGAAGUAAGGACUUAAGAUUUAAAUGCAAUUAAUUGCAAAUGUUAUAUCAUUUUCUAAUGCAGUGAAAGUACUAUUUAAAUUAGCAGUCAUUUUUUUAACAUCUUAAUUUGGUCAGGUAUUUAUUUUUAUUCCAAAGAUUGUUAUUGAUUUUUAUAUGAAAUUUAGGCAGCUCUUGUGUAUUUAUCAUUUAUUGUGUAUAUUGUAUGAAAUCAUCUUCAUUCAUUUUGUAUAUGUAUUCACUUAAUUUCAUUCAUGUUUUCUUAUGUGUUUGCUUUUUUUUACACUUAGAAGAUUUAAUUUCUUUGUCACCUCUUUUUUAUUGUAGUUAUCAUUUGAAAGUUGCAAUCUAUUUUUGGAUAAUUUUUAUGCUUUUUCAUGUGGGUUGUUGAAUGUAUAUUAUUAAUGUAUAUUUUUAUCUCUUUGUAAAGAUAAUUCUGUACAUAUCUCUUGCUGUGUGCUAAUUUCGUCCUUUGUAUCUAUUGUUUAAAUGAAAAGUCGCAAGUAGCAUAAUGAGGAAAUUACAAUGAGCAAAUUAAAUCUUUUGUUUUAAUAAGGAAACAUUUGCAAAUAGAUAAACGAAGAUUUUGAUGUAAAGUUUAAUAAAUGUCUGCUGUCUGUUCUUAAUAAACCUGAUGAUAUCAA